AUGGCAGGCUAUGGCAACCGCACAGCAGCAGACUACGUCGCCGACGACUAUACCGAUCAGCACAGUAGCACGCGUCUCGGCCUAACAUUGUCAGACACCCCCUACUCAAACGCCCACGAGAAACACGGCUCAGGCACAACGGGUGGUGCAGGCUUUGGAAAUAAACGCUCCUCUUUCCCAGCCACCUCUUCUACGCUCGAGUCCGUGGAUUUCAAAUCGGCCAACGAGACGGGGCCUUACAGUAAUGCUACUCCGAUGGGCAGCGGCUCGACUGCCGGCGCAGGCUACGGCAAUAAGACGGGUAGUUUUGAAGGGAGUAAGGAUUCCGCGCUGGGUAGAGUAAUGGAAAGGCUACCGCUUCGAAAACUCAUUCAUUUCGAUUUCCUCGGCUUGCCAUGCUGUCCGCCUCGUCUCCCACCCCUCAUACCCACUCUGGAACCUAUUUUUGAUUUUCCACAAGUUCGACGCCGUCAUCUUCGCGAAGGCAUGACCCGGCCGACUCCCCACAACCUCCGGUCUCUGCAUACCCUCAACUCGCCCCAAGUCUUCCCCAGAUCGUGA